CCUAGGCGCCAAUUCAUGGGCGCCUAGGCGCCAAUUAGUGGCAGAGGCACUGCCUCUGUAUCUGGCACGAGCGCCUGAGCGUUCCCCAUGAGCGCUCGAGCGCUCCUAUACGUUUUUUCUGCCAGAUUUUGGGUUUUAAAACCCCAACCUUUCAUUUUCCCACUCUUAACUCUCAUUUCUCCCAUAAAAACGCACCCCACUCUCUCCAUACCCCAUUUCCACUUCUCAUUUCUCACUUGCACACACAUUGGCUCUUCCUUUUACUUCAAAGUUCUGCAUUGCAUCAAGUCUAUUCCACUUGCACCCACUCACUCUCAAGUCAAGGUAAGUUCCAUUUUCCACUUUCCUUCAUCAUAGCUCAUGAGUUUUGCAAUGCAUGCUUCUUUUGGGUAAGGGUGAGUGAAUUUGUGUUAGUGCAAGUUGGGUUUGGGUUGUAUUUGUUCAUUAUGGGUUGAUUUUGUGCUUAAUUAGAAAGGGGUUGUAAAUUUGUGAGGAAUGGGUAGUUAGGAUUUUGUGGAUUAGUUUAGUUUAGCUUUUGCUUAUCAGGUGUUUGAUAGAAUGCCUCAAUGGGUUCUCUUAGUCGAUUUUUGGCAAGUGCUUGUGGUUGUUUUUCUCUCUUUGCCAAAAUCACUAAGAAACUUGUUGGGUGCUCUUAGGUUGUUCUAUUUUUGUUUUUGUACAAAGUUUCUCCUCUCAUUUCUUUUUAUUUUUGAACUAACAUUUCUAACGUUUGUGGCUUGUGUAUGUGCUAACAACUUUGCAGAUGCCUGUAAAAAGAGCAAGAACCAACACAAGAGCUGCAGCUUCUUCCUCCACCUCCCGAAGUUUUGAUCGCUCCCGCUUCCUAUCAGCGAUUAAGGAGGAGUUUUACCGAGCUCACCUAGCACACAAGGAGUGUGUGAAGGAGCGGGGAGUUUUGUAUCGGGAGGGAAGGAGAGACCUCUUGGGCAUGCAAGAAGCCAUGGAGAUUAGGAGGUGGAAGAAUUGGGUCAACCCCAUUCCGUUCGCUUGUGAGGUCAUGGUUAGGGAGUUCUACACGAACACCUACUGUGACAAUCAAGAGGACAGGUCCAGGCCACCGGUGAAUUCAUCUUGGUUCAGGGGAGAUGUGAUUGAUUACAAUCCAGCAGUCAUUCGCAGGCAUCUUGGUCUCCUCACGGAGGACCAAGAGAAGGAGUUUUUCCCCGAGAAGGCCACUUAUCAUGAGCUCUUAGAGGAGAAGUCACCGGAGAUCUUGGAAGACAUGAAGGCAGUGAUUGUUAGGCCUGGGCGAGACUGGGAAGCAGUUGAAGAUGAAAUCAUUUUUGUGAGAAGGAAGGAUAUGACGCCGCUGGCUAGAGUUUGGGCUGAAUUUUUGCAGGAUUCCCUCAUUCCUAGCUCUAACAAGUCUGAAGUUAGAGAGGUUACAUUGGUUGCUAUCUAUUGCAUCGUGAGAGGUCAUCCUAUGGAUGUGGCCACCAUCAUUGCUGGUCGGAUUUAUUCCCUUUACAACAGGAGUAAAGACAAACAUCGGCCCAUCUUUCCUCACUUGAUUUGCUCUUUGAUUCAUGCGGUGAGGGACAGAGCUAGGAGGCCAGUCCAUGUUAUUGAGAAGAGGUUGCCUGUGGCACCUCUGCUCAGUAAGGAGAGGAUCGCUCAACUUUAUAAGGAAUGGACGGCGAGGAUGCCUCAAGAGGAGGAAGAGGAAGAGGAUCCUGAGGAGCCAGCGGAAGAAGAUGAAGAAGAAGAAGAAGAGGAGGAAGAAGAAGAUGUUGAGGUGGUGAAUGAGGUGGUUACUCCACCACGUGCUGACCCUUCUCCUGCUUGGAUGGAGGCCGCUUUCGGGCGGAUGUUUUUGAGGCAAGAUCGCCUACACAGGGAUCUUGACCACCAUUGGAGGGGAGGUAGCACAUCAGACCCCAGGUAUAAUGGGCCCUUGGAUUUUAAUACCUUGGAGCAGGGGAUGAAAGACUUGAGCUUGAUGCAUGAUGCCGGUGUUCAUCCGGAUUAUGGCGAUGGAAGGGGUGACCAUGACCCCAUGGAGUGACUAUGUUGAGGUAUCUCUACUCUUAGUUUAGGUCAUGCAUUUUUAGCAUAUUUUCAAUUUGUAGAUUUUGUUUUCUUUUGAUCAUGCAUUGUUUUAGCUGGUUUUGUUUUUAUUUUUGGGUCUUUACUUCCCUAUACUCACAUGCUUUUAGCUAUAGAUUUGUUUCCCUACUAGUGCUGUUUUUGAAAAUGCUUUUGUGAAUACUUGUUGUUGUUUCGGGGAUGAGUGAUUGCAUGUUGGGGAAGAGAGGAGGAGACUUCGGUCUUCCGAGUGUGUCUUGAGAAGGGAGUCGAGGUGAGUCCAUUAAGGGUCUAUCUUUGACCCUUUACCAUAAAAAUUCUCUGGAGGAUCCUGACUCACUUGCAAUUCUUGGUUCUGCGUUGAUUUCACUCAUAACAUGCUUAGUGAUUCUUGCUUUAUUCUUGAGACUUGUAGGAUUUCUUGAGAAUCUGAAUUUGUUGUUUGAACAUUGUCCUUAGUUGUCCCAUUUGAGCCUUAUUGGAGAAUUUGUUGUAGCCAAGUUUUUGGGACGGAUGUUUGGUUGGAAUAGUGGGGAGUGAUGGUCCUUGUUGUGUUGUAUGGAGCUGGAAAAAUGAGAAAUGGUCUCUUGCCCCAAAAAGAAAAAUCAGUGAAAAAAAAAAGGAAAGAAAAAGAACUCCUAACCAAAAGUUGGAGUUGGAAAAAAGGAAAAAAGUUUGUAAAGAUGGGUGCAAGAGACUUGUAAAAAAAAAGUGUUUGUUGUGAAAAGCUCCGGGGUUAAUAGAAGAGGACCACACUCAAUGUGCUUGAAAGCCUAGUUUUCCCUUAGGGACCAACCACCAUCAUGCUUUACCUAGCCAAUGUUUCAACCCUUUUGGAAGUCUCUUUGAAUAUUUGCAUGUUUGAUCUUUGUUGCUAUUGAGUGAAUGACAUUCAGGACCUAUGAACUUGUUUGUGUGCUCAGUGCACUAAAUGAACAUCUUGUCCUAGGAUUUUUAGUUCUAUAUGCUUCUCAUGAAUGGAAUCUACACUCUUUUCUUUUCAAAAGAUGCAUGAAGUAGGUUGUCGGGUCUUUCUCUUGGAACUAGCUGUGAUUACUUUGUCCCCCUGUUUUUGUGAAGUAUUCCUUGUUGAGAGCAUUUGUGUGGGAGCAUUUCUUGCGCUCGAGGGCAAGCGAGUGUUAUUCACGCUCGAGGACGAGCUGUCGUUGAGUAUAGUGGUGUGAUGACCCUGUUUUGGUAGUGUUUUUAGGGUCAUUUCUUUGGUUGUUUUGAGUCUUUUUGUUGAGUCUCAUGUAGUGUUUCAUGCAUUCUCAUGCAUUUUUAUUCUUUUCUUUAGUCUUUAUUUUGUUUUGGUAAUUUAGUAGUUUUAUAGGUAGUUUUCUUGCAUUUUAAGUAAAGUUUAGGACUUGCAUGGUUUUGUUGUGUUUUAUGAAGGACCUCUUGUGCUAAUGAGCUCUUGGAGCUUCUAGAAUCUUCCUUGACUUGUUGGUUAGGUUUGGAGAGCAGAAACUGAAGGAGAAAGAAGGCCAAGAAGCAUGGAAUUGAUGAAGAACUUAAAGAGGAUUGAAAAGAGGAGUUUCAGAAGCCAAAAAGUCCUUUUCAGGCGAGCUUAAGCGCCUAGGCGCUGGGAAUGGGCGCCUAGGCGCCAAUAGGGUCAGAGGCAUGUUUUUUUCAACAUGCAAUUGGCGCUCAGGCGCUCUGAAUUGGCGCCUGAGCGCCCAGUUUCGUUCAUUUUGCCUAUAAAUAAGGCUUAGGCCAAUUUCUUUGAUACAUUUGGACAUUUUACUCAUUUUUGAUCAAGUUUGAGAGCUGAGGAGAACUUUGGGGCCAAGGGAGGCUUCCAACUUGUAUUUCUUCUCAGGUUUUCUUUACAUUUCAUUUAUGAAUUCACUAGCCAUAAGUGGCUAGUUUACUUUUUGCUUUGGGUUAAGAGAUUCUAUGAAAUUUUAGUUUGUAAAUCCUAUCUCUAUGCAUGAGUCUUGAUUCAAUCUUGUAUUUCAAUUCCUUAUUGCAUGUUUAGCUUUGGUGCACCUUUGCUAUAGGCUAGAUUAUAAUCAAAUGGAAAUUUGUUA